AUGGAGUGGUUAUUCGGUAAGAAGAAGACUCCGGAGGAGCUGUUGCGACAGAACCAGAGGGCUCUGAAUAAAGCGAUCCGUGAUUUGGAGAGAGAGAGGAGUAAAAUGGAAGCGCAGGAGAAGAAGCUGAUCGCAGACAUCAAGAAGAUGGCGAAAGACAACCAGAUGGACGCCGUGAAGAUAAUGGCCAAGGAUUUGGUGCGAACGCGCCGUUACGUCAAGAAGUUUAUCCUAAUGAAGGCCAACAUACAGGCCGUGAGCCUCAAAGUGCAGACAUUGCGGUCGCAGAACGCGAUGGCGAUGGCUAUGAAAGGAGUGACUCGAGCGCUCCAGUCGAUGAACAAACAGAUGAAUUUGCCACAAAUCCAGAGGAUUAUGGCUGACUUCGAGCGACAGUCCGAGAUAAUGGACAUGAAGGAGGAGAUGAUGAACGACGCCAUCGACGACGUGAUGGGCGAUGAAGAGGACGAGGAGGAGAGCGAUGCGAUCGUCACCCAAGUGUUGGAUGAGUUGGGCGUUCAGCUUAACCAACAACUCGGGGAUUUGCCACAAGCCGUGGGCUCUUUGAACCCGUCGGCAACGGCUGCUAAGACACCGGUAGCCGUGACCGAUGCCGACGCCGACCUUCAGGCCAGACUCGACAACUUGAGGCGCGAGUAG